CUCAAAAUUUUCUCACCACAUUUUCCCGAGAAAACUUUAACAAAACCAAAAAAAAAACAAUGUCUGGAGGUGUCGGUCCAACGUACAACGACAUAACCUUACCUAAAGAAGAACAACACCAAACCCAAACAUCAUCCACCGGAAAAACCGCCGGAUUCUUUUCAUUCCGGCAACUAAACAUCCUCGCGAUAAUCAUCGUUCUCGCCGCAAGUGGUCUCGUAACGAUCGAAGAUUUCAUAUUCACGAUCCUCACACUCAUCUACUUCUUCUUCCUCUCCAAACUAAUCUUCCCACCUCACAACAACCCAAGCCGCGACGCUCCUCUCACAAGCUCCACUAACAAGAUCUUCCGUAUCUACGUAACAUCGGCGGGGAUCGUCGGGCUUUUGAUCCCGAUCUGUUACAUCUUCGAAGGGAUCGUUGAGGAUGACAAGAGCGGCGUGAGCGCAGCUGCACCGCACGUGUUUCUUUUGGCGAGUCAGGUUUUUAUGGAAGGUGUGGCUGCGUCGUUUGGGUUCUCUGCUCCGGCGAGGAUUCUUGUUCCGAUUGUUUAUAACGCUAGGAGGGUUUUGACUCUUGUUGAGUGGAUUUUGAGUGAGUUCUCGAGGGAGUAUGGGACGGGUACGGUGUCUGCACGGCGGAUGUACGCCGGAAAAGUUUUGGCCGCGGUGAAUUUGGGGAUUUGGUCGUUUAAUCUCUUUGGUGUUUUGAUUCCGGUUUAUCUUCCCAGGGCUUUUAAGAGGUAUUACGGCGGUUCUGGCAAGGAGAAUUGAAAUUCCGGUUUAGUUCCGGUUUCAAGAAGCAUAUUUGAAAUCCGGUUUAGUUUCCCCAGCUCUUGUUGUCUUUUUGUUUGAUCGGUCCGGUUUGGUUUUAGGAGUAAUCGUGAUCUUGAUGUGUUUUUCUUCUUUGUUCUGUAUACUAUUUGGAUGUUUUUUCCUUUGAACAAUCCAGUUUAUGUAGUUCACAGUUAUUUGAGAUUUCU